UCUGCUUUAAAAUACUCGAGGAUUUUCGAGAAGCUCCAAUGGGAUUGCAGCCUUCGUCUAGGUUAACCGUUAGGGAAGGUCUAUUUUCCCAUACAAAUCUAUAGUCGUGGAUGGCAAUUAAACUAUUACGAGCAGUUUAGGCAAAAUCCUUUAUUUCUAACCAUCCAAGGACACUCAGCUGCAUACUGAACAUAUUUGGUCUUAUUAAAAUUUCUUUUCUGCCCUAUCUGACUAUGUGAUUUAUCUCGCAAUGGCUCUGAAAGCGUACGGAUGAUCAUGAUAAUGGCCGUAAGUUGUGUGUGCCGCCUCAACCGUAAGAUUGUUUUGGAAAUCUGCAAGAAUCGCUAACUGCAGUUUACAAAAGUAGCUGUAGCUUAGUAUGCAUCUCUCUGCUGUAAAUUGCUUGAAGAUUUAAGUUGCCCAAGACAAGGUUCACUUCCAAGGUUAAAAUUCUGGGACAGACUUAAUGCAAACAUUAGAAGAUUACCAAAAGUGCAUUCAUGAUUUUGAAAUAUCAGUAACUGUGUACAUUUCUUCAAAUACAUGGAUGAGAUAUUGAUUUUUUUUUCAAGUUCUCAAGGCUGAACGAAAUACUUCUUUAUUAACAAAGUUGAAUUCUCUCUAUCUUAUCCAUUAAGAUUUGGGAAAAGUUAAUUUUAAUUCAAUUCAUAUGGAGAGUCUAUCCUCAUCUUUUUGAACAGUCUCAGUUAACAGCCAAGGUUAGGAUGGCUGAUCUAAAAAGAGCUGGAAGCCAAUAUGGCUCACAAAAUGCAGAUGCUACAAGCCCUAGUUUUGAAGGUACAGCAGCAAGGACACGGCCUUGCAGUGUGGAGGAUAUCAUCUUGAAAAGGUAUAGUAAAAAACUCAUGAAGGAUGCUAAGGAAGGUAACAGUAGCACUAAGAUCAAGAGUGAGUUAGUAAAGCCUGAUAUAGAAAAUAUUGCUCCACAAUCCAAAGAUGGUGCAGGUGAAAUGCAUGCAAUAGGUUCUGUUCCAGGAUCUAUUUCCCGUGUAAAAAAGAAUUCCGGGGACGAGUUGCCUUCUAUAAAGGAUACUUCAAGCAGGAGGGAAGAAAAACACAAUAUGAAGGACACUGGAUCCCGCAAAAGAUCAGAAAAAGAUGAUUCAAGAGUAACAUCCAAAAUUAAACUGCAUAAGGAUGAGGACAACUCUAAAGCCUUUGGUGAUAGCUUUAAGGAAGGUGGCAAAGAGGAAAGAAGUGAAAAAAGAAGCCACUAUAAGAGUAAAGGUUAUGAUGAACGUAAGGACAGUGAUUAUCACAGAGAAGAUAAAAAGGAGCCCAUGAAGGGUAAGAAAGAGAGAAUUAAAGAUAAAGGUCUGGAUAAGUCUAAAAGGGAGGAAAGAGGAUCUCAGCAGAAGUAUGAAGAUCAAAGAGAUGACAAAAGAAAAAUUGAUAAGGAUAGAGUUAGAAGAAGGGAGAGCAAACGGAAACACGAGGAUGAUCAAGAUGAAAAGAUAAAGAUGGAAAAUGAUAAAGGUGACAAAAAGAAGAAUGAUGCUAAAUUUCAUCUAACCGAUAAAGUUGAGAAAAGGCAAGAUAGUGAUUAUUCAGAAAGGAAAGAAAGGUGGAAGGAGUCAUCACACCCAUCAUGGCACAAAGAAACUAAAAGCAAACGCAGGAAAAGAUCUCUCAGUCCUGACCAUAAGAAGGCCAAGGAGAGGGGGAGAUCACCUUCCUCUUCACCAAGAUCACACAAGCGACAUUCAUCUUAUUAUGGUAAGGAUCACGACCAGGACCAUUCUUCACAUCAUAUCUCCGUGGAGAAAUCAGAAAGAGAUAGAAUGGAUUCAGAAAAAAUUGAAAAUGAUAAUAAUGGAGCAUCUGCUGAACAGGGUAGUCACUAUCGUCGGUAUGGUGGAGGUACAAGUGGGCUUGGUGGAUACUCCCCAAGGAGGAGGAGGUCAGAGACUGCUGUAAAGACACCUUCUCCUCCUGUUCAUUUACCAGAGAGGAAACCUGGAUGGGAUCUGACACCUGGUGGCAUGGAUAGUAACAUGGUAGCUGCCAUGGUUGCUGCUUAUCAAGCUUCUACACAGCAAAUGGCUGCAUCCUCAAUUACAUCCACAUUAGCUACUGUUUCCUUGAGUACAUCAAAUCUGCAAAAUCCUAAUGUGUCUGCAUCUCAGUUUGUCCCAUCUGUCUCUCAGCAAGUAGAUUCGGUGAUGGAUGCUGUUGAACUCACACAAUCAACAAGGCCAUCAAGAAGAAUUGUUGUGAAUAAUCUGCCUUCCUCAGUGUCUGAAGGAGAGUUUAUGGAGUUCCUCAAUUCUGCAUUGCUGUCAAAAAGUGCCAACCACCUUCCAGGAACUAAGCCUUGUAUUAGCUGUGUUGUAAAUGGAGAUAAAAAUCAAGCCUAUGUAGAGUUUCUCACCCCAGAAGAUGCAACUGCAACACUUUUGUUAGAUGGCAUAACAUUGAAUGGAAACAAUCUGAAAAUCAAACGACCCAAAGAUUAUGCUGAACCAGCAAAUGGAGGUUCUGAGAAAACGUUGCCUGUGGUUGAUUUGAUAUCCAGCACUGUGAUUGAUUCUCCUUACAAGAUCUUUAUUGGAGGGAUUUCACGCUUACUUUCUUCUGAUAAGGUCAAAGAGAUUGUCACUGCAUUUGGACAGCUGAAAGCCUUCCGCUUGGAAGUUGACACAAAUGAAACUUUUGCAUUCUUUGAGUAUGUUGAUCAAUCUGUCACUUUGAAAGCCUGUGCUGGGCUGAAUGGUAUGAGGUUAGGAGAUGGCAUCAUCACUGUAGUUCAGGCUACUCCUGAUGCAUCUGUUGAGGUUGAAUGCCUUCCAAAUUAUGGUAUCCCAGACCAUGCAAAGGUGCUCAUGCAGAAGCCUACACGAAUUGUGAAACUGAAGAAUGUGCUUACCAAAGAGGAGCUUCAGCAAUUGUCUGAAGAGGAAAUAGAAGAAAUUUCAGAAGAUGUACGUCUUGAGUGUACUAGGUUUGGCGCUGUCAAAUCUGUGAAUAUUGUAAGAUGUAAUAGCCAAGGAGAUCACAUUAAAAACAUCCAAACAGAGAAAAAUGGUAAUUUACAGAGUUGUCUACCAGAUACAAGCAAUACUGAAAAUCAAUCUGAAUCUUUGAAGGAUCAAGAGAUCAAUGCUGUUGAAGGUAUUAAAAAAAAUGGAAAAGAAUUGAAGGAUGUUGACCUAGGUGUUAAAUAUACUUGUUUGGAAGAAAAUGAAUCUGGUGAGCAGCAGAUGGCAAACAAGAUGGAUGUAACUGAUACCACAAAUAAUAACGCAAUUGACAUUUCUAGUGUACCAGCCCAGGAAAUGCAAGAACACAGCAAAGCUGCCGAAGAUCAUGAAAUGUCUUCUCCUGCUGAAGUUCCUGAGAAUACUGUAACACCUCAAAGUGUUCAUGCUUUAGAACUAGGGGAAAGUUUGGGUCCUGAAAUUAUGGUGCAGGUGGGAAGAGAUGAGACAGAGAGUUGUUUAGAUCCCGACAAUGUGCAUCACCAAAUGACUGUAGCUGCAGAGACUGAUGAGUCUGAGUCAUCAAGAGACUCGGAGUUUCUAGAAGUGGGCAGUGUCUUGGUAGAAUUUUCAAGAGAAGAAGCUAGUUGCUUGGCAGCACAUACAUUAAAUGGACGUCUUUAUGGAACACGAAAGGUCAUAGCUAGCUAUAUUCCCAAUAUUGUAUACCAGCAGAGAUUCCCAAGAGGUAGUCUUAGAUGAGCGAACAUAGAGUUAUCUCAUGAUCAAGAAUGGUGUUAUAUUGUUAUAAUGGACGAGAGAAACAUUCUUGUUGAAUAUUUAUAGAAUUGAGAUUUUGACAUCUAUGCAAAAAUACUCCGGUCUCAUGCAUGUAGCAAUGGUUUAUCAUUUAGCCAUGUUGAAAGUGUAGUAUUUGACACGUAUGCAUGCAGCAUCUGUAGGCAAUGCAUGAAGAUUGUACGUUUAGUUUGUUCUUUCAUUUGAUGAGACAGUAGAAAUAGAAAAAUAUCAAUUUAAUCUCA